UCUCUCUGGUUCUGACUGGGUCCAGUUCGCUCAUCUGAUGGUUCUGUAUGUUGAUCUUACAGGCAGCGCACCACGAGUUCGCCCUCAACUUCAACCCCACCAACCCGUACUGCCAAGGCGUUCAGGGCAUCGUUGAAGCCUACAGGAUGGUUCUUCCUCAGCUCCGCCUCUCUGGACCCACAAACUUCUCUCCCAUCAUCAACCACGUGGCGUCCAUUGCCUCCAGCGGCGCUCAGGCCAACACUGCCACUCAAUACUUCGUCCUCCUCAUCCUCACCGAUGGAGAGAUCACAGACUUUGACCAGACGAGGGACGCCAUAGUUCGGGCCUCGCGGCUGCCGCUGUCCAUCAUCAUUGUGGGGGUGGGGCCAGCUGACUUCAAGGCCAUGAACCAUCUGGAUGGAGACGACGGCAAGCUGAAGUCCACCACGGGGGAGGCCGUCUCCAGAGACAUCGUCCAGUUUGUUCCCUUCAGAGACUUCAAAGACGUGAGGUUCUCCGCCGCGAUUGACCGAAGGUUCUGGUGGUGCUAAAGCUCUGAGGAACCCGUCUCAGCAGGACG